GUAAACAAUUGAGGCUGCUUUGUAUACUUCAACCCUAAACAGACCUUAAAAAAUAUGUCUGAGCCUUAUUUAUUUAUUGAAGAGAGUAGGGUGCCAGUUUCCAUCCCUGUUCCUCAUCCCUUCCCACCGCUACUUCUCUUCUCCUUUCUCUUCCUCGCCUCUCACACCUAAAAUCGAAGUCUCUCAACAACGAAACCAACACCUUCACACCCAAUCUCACUCCUCUCUCUGGCCCGAGUGGUCGAUUCCUCACUCACGUCUCCUGCGCCGGGUAUCCCCCUUCGUUCACCGGCCACUCCUUCGCCGCUGAAUUGCCCCAACCGUUCCUCCGCGAGCCACCGCCUGCUUGGCCGUCUCACGGGACCGCCUAACAUCCUAAGGUUGCUUUCGACGAGAGACAUUGCUUUGGUGGUUGAGCAUUGCUCUCCGUUUCUCUUCCGAGAUGCCGAGGAUUCCGUGAGGAAGAUGAAGUCCUUUCUAUCCAUUUGCAACGCUAAUUAGUGUCAAAAGCUAUGGCCACCAAGCUGGUUUUGCAGAGAAGGCUCCUCAGAUUUUUGCUACAGUCACCAACUUCCUCCAUCUAUAUGGCUCCAUUCCGUACUAUAAAAGCUUCACCAUUUGUGUCUCUCCUCAGGGGGAAUGCCUGUCUUCCGCCUCUCUCCUCUUCUUCUAGAAACUUUUGCUCUCACAGUUCAAAUCUUCCUGAUGAAUCUCAAGGCCCCAUGACUAUUGAUUACCGUUCUCUACUACAGGAGGGUGAAUUCCACAAACUGGCUGAUUCUACAAUACAUAACCUGCAAGAGAAAUUAGAGGACUACGGAGACUCAGUUGAAGUUGAUGGAUUUGACAUAGAUUAUGGGAAUGAUGUUUUGACUGUAAAAUUUGGCGAUCUUGGAACCUAUGUAUUGAACAAACAAACACCAAAUAGACAACUUUGGCUGUCUUCCCCAAUGAGUGGUCCAUCAAGGUUUGAUUGGGAUCAGGAUACUAAAGCUUGGAUUUAUAGGCGGAACAAGGCAAACCUGUAUAAAAUUUUGGAAGAUGAGUUAGAGCAAUUGUGUGGCAAACCCAUUGUUCUUUCCUGAGCUAUUAAGUGGGUGCAGCCUAAUCUUGAUUUUUUAUUUGGAAGGCAAAUAAUUUGUGAUGAGGAUUUAUUUUACUGUAUCAAUUUGACCACUUCUUUUUCAAUCAUGAAGUGAUUUGUAUCUUCUAAAUAAUCAGCUCUAUGUUAAUGUGCAUAUAUAUGUUGGCAUUAAUUUAUUUCUUUUAAGGAUUGCAAUUGCAAUGAGUAUUGUGGUAAGUUAUUACUA